UCUCCAUUUUGUAGGUAAGAAAACAAGCUCCGAGAGGUUAAAUGACUUACCUAAAACUACAAUGUGCUGGUAAUUGUCAGAGUCACUAUUUGGACCCAGAUCUCUCUGACAACAGCUCUUUUGCCCAUAUGCUUUGAUGCCUCAAAGAUCCAGGCCUAAAGUGUGUGUGUGUACCAUUUUCUGUGUUUUGCCUUCAGAUACUCAGUUUUACCUGAUUUCUGUAUGUUGUCAUCUUGUGUACGCCUGGUUCCCACAACAGUCCGGCUUGUAGAUUCCCUGAUCUGCAGUUCUUCCCGUUCCUUCAUGGAUUUGAAGGCUCUCCUUUCCUCAUUGAAUGACUUUGCAUCCCUCUCAUUUGCUGAGAGUUGGGACAAUGUUGGAUUACUGGUGGAACCAAGCCCACCACAUACUGUAAACACACUCUUCCUGACCAAUGACUUGACUGAGGAAGUGAUGGAGGAGGCACUGCAAAAGAAAGCAGAUCUCAUUCUCUCCUACCAUCCACCUAUUUUCCGACCCAUGAAGUGCAUAACCUGGAAAACCUGGAAGGAGCGCCUGGUGAUCCGAGCUCUGGAGAACAGAGUUGGUAUCUACUCUCCUCACACAGCCUAUGAUGCUGCACCCCAAGGAGUCAACAAUUGGUUGGCUAAAGGACUUGGAGCUUGCACCUCUAGGCCCAUACAUCCUUCCAAAGCACCCAACUACCCUACAGAGGGAACCCACCGAGUAGAAUUCAAUGUUAACCACACCCAAGACCUGGACAAAAUCAUGUCUGCAGUGAAAGGAAUCGUAGAUGUUUCUGUAGCUUCUUUUUCUGCCAGGAUUGAUGAUGAAGAACAAACACGGAUCAGUCUGAAUUGUACUCAGAAGGCUUUGAUGCAGGUGGUGGCUUUUCUCUCCGAGAACAAACAACUUUAUCAGAAGACUGAAAUUCUGUCACUGGAGAAGCCUUUGCUUCUGCAUACUGGAAUGGGACGAUUAUGCACACUGGAUGAAUCUGUCUCCCUGGCAACUAUGAUUGAGCAAAUCAAAAGACACCUAAAACUAUCUCAUAUUCGCUUAGCUCUUGGAGUAGGGAGGACCUUAGAGUCCCAAGUCAAAGUCGUGGCCCUUUGUGCUGGUUCUGGGAGCAGCGUUCUACAGGGCGUAGAGGCUGACCUUUACCUCACAGGUGAGAUGUCCCAUCAUGAUAUUCUGGAUGCUACUUCCCAAGGAAUAAAUGUCAUCCUUUGUGAACAUAGCAACACUGAACGAGGCUUUCUUUCUGACCUUCGAGAUAUGUUGGAUGCUCACUUGGAGAAUAAAAUUAAUAUUAUCCUGUCAGAGACAGACAGGGACCCUCUUCAUGUGGUAUAAUACAGAAACAUCAGGAUAACACAAUCUACAAAUCAGUUGGAUCCCAGCUGUAAUCCAUAACAUGAAUCGGUGGAGUUCAUGUCCUUCCUGAAGAGUGUCUUAGAAUGUAUUAUCAUUUCCAGUUUGUUAAUCUGGUUCACCAAAUGUUCUAUAUAGCUCAAGGUUAAAACUGUGAUGUAACUACUAUAUUAACAAAUAUUCAUUAUAUACUCUAGGAAAGAUUGAUGAAAAUCUAUUUAUUUAACAUUC